CAACAAUAUAAAAUUUCCAGGCCUCCCACUGGCUCUUCUGUUUCCGUACGACGGCCAUUUCACGAGCCGCGCCUAAGUUGCCGCCGACCAUUUUUCUCCGCCCAUGAACUCCUUCCAUCCGAGUCGCAUUCCGAUUUGACGCACCUUCCUCUUUCUCCUCUCCUCCCUCUCUACCCUACCUCCCUCCACCAUGACCUGCGGUCCGUCCGGCCUCCCCUCGAGUUUGAUCGGCGCCUAGACUGUUCGGUCGGAGCAUGUCUCUGCCGGGACCAAAUGUCCGUCGCCUCGAUCCCCGACACCUCGCUUGGCCUCACCUCCUCCGAGAUCCAGAUCCUCCGACAGCAGCAACAGAUUGCCCUACAGGGCCACGCCGGCAAUGGGGUGUCCAGGGGCAGAGGAACAGGGAGAACCAGCAACUCCAGCUCGCGCGCUACCAGUGCCGCCAGCAGCCAAGGGCGCUUGUUGUUGGACCCCAUGAGCCUCCGCGCGCUGUCCCACCAGUUGGACGGUCUGCAGGCUCAGAUCCGUGGCCGCAUCGAAUAUCUGGAGGACCAGAUGCAACUCUCCAUUCAAAACAGCUACGACCGCGCCGGGAACGUGAUCCGUAAUGCGGAUGCGGAGAUCGCCCGCACUCGUUCGAUUCUUGCCUCCAUCGACGAUCUGGAUAACGAGCUGGCGAAAAUAUCCCACAUUCGUGAUAUCGUCAAGGGCUUUCGCGGUCGUAUCGAGACUCUCGAUCAUCGGAUGGAUCAAAGUUCUCGUCGACGGCGCUGA